CGGAGGGGGGGGCAAGGCACAGCGGGAGGUGCCGCCUGGGGCGCGCAGGGCACGCCGGGAGGAGUGGCCUUGGCGGGCUCGGCCCGCGGCGGCGGCGGCGGCAGCGGGGUCCGGGUCCCGGUGCCGGUCGCGAUGCUGCGGCGGAAGCCGACGCGGCUGGAGCUGAAGCUGGACGACAUCGAGGAGUUCGAGAGCAUCCGGAAGGACUUGGAGGGCCGCAGGAAGCAGCGGGAGGACGCGGACGCGGCGGCGGCCGGUGAGGAGGCGGCGGCGGCGCUGGGCAGCGACCACAAGAGCCGGGAGCAGAUGAUCAAUGAGCGCAUCGGGUACAAGCCGCAGCCCAAGGCCGGUGGCCGCGCCGCGCACUUCGGCACCUUCGAGUUCUAACGGCGGGGCCGGGCCGGCAGCACCCGCGCUCCCCGGCCCGCGGUCACAGCUCGGCCGAGUGUCCUGUUAAAUAAAUCUGUCCUUUUUUAUUGUUAUUGUUAAAAAUGA